UGGGAUUUUUACGGAUGACGAAUUAGAGCUCGCUCGCGGAUAAUCGUGCGUAGAUCACGCCCGAUCCGGGUGCCAGGCGUGGAACCGCGAAAGGCGUGCGACAAGGAAGGAGGAGAGAGCCUUUAUCAUCGCGGAAGGUACGCCAGGACGGUUUUCCCUCCCGGACGCGGAUUACGCACUGGGGCUGGAAUGGAGGAGGAUGUCCAUCGCGCUUCGGCGGAUUCGGUCCCCCGGCACGGUCGUGUUAGGUAACAGCCUAGAGCCGUGGAGCCGGGACGUGCGCGGGCCAGUCUCGCCGAGCUUUCCGCGGCGAUAAGACCGAUGCACGGCCACGACGCGAAACCUGACGCGAGCCUCUGAUAUGAGGGAUGGACCGAGUGGUGAACUGAGAGGACGGAUAAUUCGCGAGAUACAGUGACAGCGGAUCGUCGCUGACGAGCAGCAACGCCAUGGAGACGUCGAUGAUAAGCGCGAUGCGGAUCCUCUUAGGGAGCAUCAUCUGCCUUCUGUCGGCGGUCAACGCGAGGACCGCGAUAAUGCCGCCGCCGUGGGCCGACCCCUCGAGCAACCCCUGCGCCGCGCAGCCACGCGGUUGGCAGCUGCUGUACUGGCCGGCUGACGGCAAGUGCUACAAAAUAUUCCAGAUCGGCGCCCCGUGUCCGGAGACCAUGGAGCUGGGCCCGGCGGCCGGUAACGGGACAAUCGCGGAAUGCAGAUGUCCCCCGGGAACCGCACAAUCGCCCAGGGACGCUUUGUGCCAUCCGAUAUUCACGAGGGCGUCCUGCUCCAAAGGCCAAUUCUUCGCACCCGUGCCCGACACGUCCGACAAACCUGGCGCGAAGCCACGAUGGGGAGUCUGUCGCGAUCCCGAGAGCUGCAACGAGCAGGGCGAGAUCUACUGGCCCAGGGACGGCAAGUGCUAUGCGAGGCUCAGUAGAGGCCCGUGUCCGCGCGGCGAGCUCCUCGUCGCAGGCGAGGACGGACUGGCGACCUGUUCGUGUUCGACGAGCGGCGAAUUGAGCAGGUACCAUUGGCUGGGAAACGGUCGCGGUUGCCACGAGCACUACACCAAGGGUCCCUGCUCGGAGCCGGGAGAACUGUUUCUGCCGGGUGGAACGUGCGGCUGCCAUCCUCAAUUGCCUCACUACCACGAACCGAGCGGGAUGUGCUAUCAGUUGGGCGGCGUCGGCCCGUGUCCGCAAGGACACCACUUCGUGGUGACAAUGGACGCUCGUGCGUCGCAGGAGGAUGUCACGCGAGCCAGAUGCGUUUGCAAGUCGGGCCACGUGUUGUACAAGGACGGAUUCUGCUAUCGACUGCACACGAGGGGACCCUGCGAGAGCGGCUACAUGCUGAUAAACUCGUCGACCUGCAUCCCCGUGCCAUGCAAACGCGGUAGGCUGUACUUUCCUCAGGAGAAGACCUGCUACAAGAUCGGUACACCGGGACCGUGCCCGAACGGGCAGUUGGUGCUGUACGAUUACAACGUGAGACCGUCCCUCGACGGGAUCAGUUACAACGGCGUGUGUGGAUGUACCAGCAACAUGAGGGACGUCGGCAAGUGCCUGAAGAGCGAGAGCGAAGACUGCGAGAGCACGCCAGGCAUGGUGAGGAUCAACAAGAUCUGUUACAAGUUGUACACGCAGGGCCCGUGUACCGCGGGAGAAUGGUUGGUCGCACAGAGAACACCGAGAAAUCGGUUAUGGCGACUGGGAGAAUCGCGACCGAAAGCCAGGUGCGAGUGCCGACCUGGUUACAAGAGGGUCCAGAGCUCCGGUGAAGCUCUCGAAGAGCUGGACAGCAGUAAUCUGAUCUCGCCGAACAAUUGCCAGCCACCCACGGUGAGCCUGGCGAAGUUUCUCAACGAUAAUGUCAAAUCAGUGAUCUGAAUGGCUCGAUAGUUCAAUAGAUCGCUGCGCGGCAUUUGUAAUUUAUAAGAUUCGUCGGAUUACAUUAACGUUUUAUUUUAUCUAGCAAAGAAAGUGCAUCGUUCAACACAUCAAACUUUCCAGUUGAAAGAAAGUUGGAUAAUGAUUUGUACAUAAGGUUGUACGAAUUAGUUUUUAACUUUAUCUUACAUGUUUAAGUGAAGCUUUAUUUAUUGUGUUCUUAAUAUAGGAUAAGUAAUAUCUUGAGUAAUUGUAAAUAUCGUUUGUGUGACUUAAGGCCUGUGUUCACGAUACUAGAAAUUGAACCAAAUUCUAGCAUCGUGGACACAGGCCUUUAUAAAGUCUAGAAUUUCUUAUGAGAGACAUGUGCCAAUUUUUUUAAGAAGCUUAAAAGUUGUAAAUAAACGUCAGAU